ACGCGUCCAAACUCUCGCUAGUUACCCAGCCGAUCUUACGCUCUCAACAUAAACAAAACAAGUAAAUACAUAAAUACAUAAAAGUCUAUAUUUGUCUUUGAACUCUUUUAACUUUAACAGCUGAGCGGCUGUUCUAAAGCGGGCUGAAGACGUGAAAUGGAUCUUCGUAUUCGACAAUAUUUAUUAAAAGCUCAGGAGAAAAAAGAUGCUGUGUUUGUGAGAAAAGCAUAUGAGCUGAUUGGAGCUUCAGGUCCAGCAGCGUCUGAUGGCAGCAGGUCUCUGUCUGAACUCAGUGUUCUGUGUGCUGAACAAUCUCUACAGCUGGGCUGUAGGGAAAUUGCACAGGACUGCUUAAAGAUGUACUUGGAAGGGAAACCCCCAGUGAAUCAGUUCUUGUGUCGUGCAUAUCUCUGCCAGGCUCAGCUCAUCUCUUCACACUCCAUUACCUCAGUGGAGGACUUGGAUAAGGCUGUAAUGUACUAUCUGAAGGCUAUUGAGAUUGCCAAAGACAAGUCCAGAUAUUAUUUCCUGGUUUUCAACGCCUCGCUGUUGUACCUGCAAUCCGUCAGGCUGUUCCUGAGGCCUGGGAAGCGUCAGAACCUGGUAUCUUCUCUCACACAGGUGGUCAAGGCUCUAGAGGAGGUUCAGGAUCCUGACCAUGCAUGGAGGGCUGAACUAAUGCUACACCUUGUUGAAUGUCUGCUUGAUGCUGGGAAGAGAAAAGAAGCAGCUGCCAUGGCCAAGGUCACCUCUGAUUUUAUAGAAUCACAUAAACUAGAGCUUUAUCCCUGGCUUUUCUCCAUACAGGUUCGACACAACCUCUUGGAUGUCAAGUUGAAUGAUGAAAACCCUAGAUUGCUUGUGGUCUACAAGAUCCAAAGGCUUAAACAUAUGGUUGAUGUAAAUGAUAUAAGGAGAGAUGAGGUAAAGGCACUGAAGGAGAUUUUCCUGCUGCUGACGCAGUCAUCAGAACCCGAAGCGUCCGUCAUCCAGGUCUCCAGUCCUCCACCGCACAUGUACAGCUCUAGUGCUCCACCCAACCUCCCUGAGUCGAGUCCUCCACCCAUCACACUGAGCUCUAGUGCGCCACCCAGUAUCCUCAACUCCAGGCCUCCGUCCAGCUCCUGCAGCUCCAGUGUUUCUCUGGAUCACGGCUCGUCCAUCCCAUUGACUGACAGAGUUGUGCUCUUGUUAGAGCUGGCGUUCCUCUCCCUGCAGUUACAGCAACAUCAGAUGGCGUCCGACUGCCUGAAGGAGCUCAGAGCCUCAAAUGUCACCGUUGGUCAGCGUAUAAUGAUGGAGUGUGUGCAGUGUGAGCUCGACCUCAACAAGCACAGAGACGGAAUGGAGAAUUACUCCAGAUCCAGUGUGGAGCUCCAGUUAAGUGUAAUCGUCCGGUUGGAUGCGUUACUGCAGACGGCACUGAAGGAAGGAGACGCUCGGGUGACUCAAGCGGUGUGUGCGUGUCAGUGGAACGCGUGUCUUCCGCUCCUCCAACACAACCUCCGAAAGAGAGUCAAGAAACCUUUGCUCACACUCGCACGAGCGCUGGACAGCACAGACAGCAUGCUACUGGACGUGUUUAGUCAGGUUCAUACUGAGCUGGCCGCUUUAGAUGAGGAGGAUGAAAAGCUGGAAUCUGCCAUGAAACAUCUUGAGAAAGCCCUUCAGCUGGACAGUCACUCGGAGCAUCUGUCCUCCUCCUUACGCCUCCUCCAGCUGCGCUUCUCCCUCCACAGCGCUCCCACGCGCACCGAGGACCAGGCCGCCAAACUCAUACAACAGGCUACAGAAGGAAGAGGGCGUGAGAUUUUGAAAAAGCGACGCCCGCUGCUGGUUAGUGCUGGAAUCGCUCUGGCACCUGAUGCUUUCCAAACCGUCCUGGAGGCUGACCGUAAAAUCAAAGUUGAUGGAGCACAAGAUUAUCUGACGCAGCUCGCUGCUAAAGCCCGACAUCACAUCACCUGUGUGCAGAAGGUUGAAGGUCAUUUGGCUGGACUUGACAAGUGCUCAGAUGACAAAGAGAGGGUGAAAUUAUGGGGGUCACUGGCCAAGACUGCCCGAAAACAGGAGGUUUUUGAUGUGUGCCGGGCGGCCUGUCGCUUCUGUCUGCUUUAUGAUGACGGACGAUGGAAAAACACAAGUAAACACAAGAACAGAGUGAGUCCAGAGCUGAGAAACCAGACUGACGAGCUCACGCAGAGAGAGCUGCUGCGUCUGUUAGCUGAGGUCCGUUUCAUCAACGCUGAGGUAACCAUCCUUAAACUCCGCUCUGAGGGGGUGGAACUGAAUGGCUCCGCUGUAGCACCUGAUGAAAGACGGACACGCCCACCUGAGGAUGAUGCCCACUGGACCCUGUACAGUGAUUGGAUUAAGGAUUUAUCAGCUUAUGCCACAAGUAACUUCCUGCGAGGGGCGGAGAUUGGGGCGGAGCUGUGUGAGGCGUGGUUGGUGGCUAAUGCAGCCGUAUAUCUGUGGAACUACAACAGCUGGCUGCUGGCCACCAGAGCGCAUCGGCUUCUCCUGCCCACAUUCAGCCGUUUGCUAGAACUACUCAGACAGACAGGGCAUGCUGGGGAGGUGGUUCUUCUGGUCAUGCUUUGUGACGCUGUUGCUCAGGGACUCAUCCAGCCGUGGUGUGGGACGUCUAUACAUGCCGAUCAAGAAUCACAGGACGCAGAGAAGGGAGACGUUCAGCUGCCAGCUGAAAAGACAAAGAAAUUGCGAGGAAAAAGCGUGGAGAAAUCAGGCUUGACCCACGGCCCUCAGCUGGACGCUGCUGCCAUGCAGGACAUUAAGAAAGCUUUAGAGGUUUGUGACUUUGCGCUGAAACUGUCCAAUGGAAACGCUGAGCCGGUGCCGGUCACGGUGAGGAAGCAGCUCUUGAGCACGUGGGUCUCCGUUAAACAGCUGCUUCACCAGCAGAUUGGACAGAAACUGGACAUCAAUGAUGAGAGUAAAAACGAGGCAGUGACGGCCGUGUCCUGUGUGCUGGUCGCAGUCGAGAUGCUUCAGUGUAACAGGAACUCCAGACUGAUGGAGUUUACCGUUCCCAGCCUGUCUGUGCUGGUGCAGAUGGCGGCGGGCUGUCAGUGGACCGACCCUGUGCUGGAGCUGUAUGUGUGGACGCAGCUCGCUCUGUUUGCUCAUCAGGCCCAUGACCACAACCUUGUCGUGACCUGCACCCAUAAUGCACUGCAGCUGGAGCAGUAUGCAGUACACAGGGUGAAUACGGACACUUAUGCCCUGUUCAGUGUGCGUUCAGUGCAGGAGAUGUUGAGCAGCGCUGCAUGUGUUAGAGGUCAGAGUUUGAUCCAUGAGGCCAGAGGUCAUCACAUCAGAUAUAUGGAGGGUCUGCGCACGCUUCAGUCCAGCGUCAGUUUUGCAGAGCAGGCGAGCAGCUGGUGUCUGUGUGUGACCGCAGCGGGUCACUACUGGAACGCCUGUCUGCCUCUCCUGGACACGAGACCGGACAGACGACAGCUCAGAGAACCACUGGAGCUCAUCCUGAAGGCCAUGGCGCACACCUACAGCAAACAAACCCCUGUAAAGGACAAAAGUAAAAGAGCAUCUGGACCAGUGAUGGAAACACCAGAUACCACAACAGACGCAGGCAGACGUGAUGAUGACCUGAAGGUGUGGGUGUCCAUGUACAAUGCUCUGCUCCAUAUUCAUGCAGACAGUGGUGACUGGAGGAAAGGCCUACAGCUGCUGGACGAGGCCGUCAGAGAGACGCCACACACCGCACACCGCCUGGUUCUGUUUAAGCAGCGUGUUCUGGUCAAGGCCCGGUUGGGAGAGUCCGUUCAGCUGGACAUGCAGCGGUUCAGUGACGAGGGCGAGAUCGUCUGCUCUCACAUGUGGCGGCGUGCAGCUCUCUGUGCCAAAGACAAAAGGCAACGACUGACCUACUAUCAGAACGCCAUCACGGCACUAAAGUCUUCUGGUGCUCAGUGGCAGAAGGUUGACGUCCUGCUGGAGUUUGGCGAGUGGCUAUUUGUCACACACUUUCCUGUGACUGACGUCCGUCUCCAGGUCGAGUGGGCCGCAGACGUCCUGCUGUUCACAGCUGAGGAGAGCGUGGCAUCUGGAGUGCGUCUGUGUGAGGUGCGGGCGGUCGGGCGUCUGGAGCGUCUGAUGCGAGCGCACACACUGCUGGCUCUCACAGAGGAGCGAUCGUCCCACAAACACCUGCAGCAUCUGCUCACCGCACUCAGCUUCACGCUGCACAUCUGGAAGGUGUCUAUGGAAACCGCACAGGAAGUGAUGAAUCAGUCAGCCGCUGAUCAAGCCGUGCGAUCCACCAGCUCCAGAAAAGACAAAGAGAGAUCCGACGAGUCUAAACAGCCGUCUACUGUUGUGUCUCUUCCUAUCAGCCCGGAGCAGUGGGCUCAGUUUGAGUGUCCUGAAGAGGUUCGACAGGCAUUUCGUUCUGACGUCAGCCCGUACAGCAUCAACGGCACGGCCCUCAGCGCGCAGAGCCAAACUCUGUUUUAUUUGGAUCUGUUGGUGAGAGAGCUGGAAUCAGUCUCGUUGACCCCACUGAUCUUUGCCCCUCUCCACCUGGCAGAGGUCAUCGCUCAUGACCUCAUGCACAGCAGGAGUCAGUCUGACCUCUACCGCCUCAGAAUCAUCAGGAACUGUCAUGAUCUGGGAUUUGAGUCUUUAUCUCCAUACUGCGAACAGCUUCUGAGCUUCACACGCGUUCCUGAGGAUGAACAGAUGUGGAGCCACAGAGCCGUCAUGACUCAGAGCGUUGUGAUGGACGAGACGCCGUUCACUGAAGGUGAUCUGUGUGGAAGGACAAUGACCAGUGGUUGGUUGUCAAAGGCCGACGUGUGUCUCAGUAUGAACCUGUUUCAGCCUGCUAAAGUCCUGCUGAAUCACGCACACCAGAUAGCCGAGGAACUUGAUGAUCAGACGUCAUUGGCUAAGAGUUUACACCUCCUGGCUGUUCUGGCCAAUCAGGAGCAGAGAUACGGUGAGGCUCUUGAUCUGUGUCAGCGAGCUCAGGAGAUCGGAGGAGAUGAGGAGUUCUGCUACCUGCUCGUUCAGACGCUGCUGACAGCUGUUGUGGGACAGGAAGGACAGGACGCGCAUCAUCAGAUGUGUGUUAUCACUGAACAGGCCUGCAGAACCAUCAGAGCAGUUCUAGAGCAGAGACAGAACCGAGCUUCAGUCCUCCGCUUCUUCAUCGCGUCACUGGAGACCAGGGGAGCCGUUUUACGCCAGCGCUUACUGAGUCCUGCCACUCCGCUGUGCUGUCUGAGUGAUCCGGAGGUGGAGAUGUUGAGCUCAGUGUGUGACACACUCAAACACACUGCCUCCGAACUGCUGCAGCUGGGAUACAGCACACACGCCGCAGAGGCCACACUAGAACACGGCAAAACGCUGAGGAUCCUGGCUGUUAAUGCUUUGAGUGCAGAAGAGAAACAGCGCCACCUUCUGCAUGCAUUCGCCCUUAUGAAGAAGGCUGUGUCUAUUCAAGAGAAAGUCGUCACUAAUGUCCUGAAUGUUCUUCCACCUCAUGAGUCCGGUUGGUGUAACCUCCCUGCGAUGCGUGUGUGUGUGCGUCUGAGACUGGCUCUUGCCGAUCUGGCCCUGUUCAUGCUGGACAUCCAAUGUGCCGAGCAGAAGAGGAAGUCCAUAGACAGGGACAGGAAGUGCUCAGUCGAGAGGGUGGUGGAGGACUUCAUCAGGAGCAGCUCUGAUCUCACCGAUCAUGAGAGGGACUGGUCUGGUGUGGGACGUUCUCUGGCUCAGGUGGUUUUGACACAUCUCACAGCUGUCAAUUCCCUCUCGCUGGACAGUGUGGAGACUAGGGCUCGUUCCCUCGGCAUGCUGGGAAGGUGCCUGAGAAUAUUAGCCCAGCAGAGAGACCCAUUGUACCCGUCCAUACUGUGGGACGAACCCAUCACGGACGAGGACAGGACCGAGAGAGAGGAAAAUGAGGACGAUAAUGAAUACGAACAAGUGAAGAUUACUGAAACUGAGAAGAAACGAUAUGCAGGCAAAAGUGCGGAGCUACAGAGCGAGCGGAGGGCAGCGCAGCGGCUGUUCGCUCAGGCCUGUGAAACUCUCUGUCAGUCUGUGAGUCUGAGUCUUCAGCACGACCUUCCUCAUCUGCUUCCUCGCGUCUGCUCAGAUCUGAUGGAGUGUCACGGCCAGUUUGACCUCGGCUCCAGCGGACAGUACCUCGCCCUGCUGCAGAGCGGCGUGUGCUGUGCUGAGAUGUGCUCCGUCCUGCACGCGAUCUGCUCUGGCGUCAGUGAGUCUCAGGUGUGUGCGCUGGUAAACCUGCGGGAGAAGCUGCUGUCUUCACAGGGUCACAGACCCAACGGCGCGCUGACAGCAGUGAGUCGUGAGCUCGACCGUGUCUCUAAGGCCUUCAGCCACUUGACCAUAAACCCAAACCACCUGAGAAUUCUGGGAGAAAUGCCACCCAACUUCAAGAUCCUGCUACUCCAGCACUCAGAGGACAGUUCUGUGUUGUACGGCGGGUUCUAUGAGAAGGUUAAAGCUGCAGAGACUCAGAAAGGAAAGAGUGUGACAGGUGGUCUGAUCUGCUCUAAAGUAGUCAAGGCCUCCGUUCAACGAUCAUCUCUACUGCAGCUCCACAAACACCUGCAAGAGUUCAAACAUCUGAACGCACACACACACCGCACGCAUGAAGGGAAAGAUAGAAAGCUGAACGAUCAUUUCAAAGCACUGCUUGAGGAAAUGGAGAACUACCUGCAUCCUGUUCUCUCACAGUUUGACUUUUCAUGCUUUAGUGUUCGUUCUCCGUCCAUUUCCACUGUCACAUCAGCCCGGGCCAAAGACAAGGAAGAGAAAACUACUGAUAAACCUCUGCCAGAUCCUGGUGAGUCUGUGGUGAUUCUCGCUGACCGGAUGUUGUUGGAGUUUCCAUUAGAAGCGUUGAGUGUCCUACAGGCGGACGGCAUCAGCUCCGUAUCUCGAGACUUCUCUCUGCAGGUUCUUCAUGCACGUCUACAGACGGAUGAUGCUGUUGAAAGUGACAAUAAAAAGGAGGCCAAAGGUGGCAGAGGAGUCAAGGGAAGAGGCGAUCAAAGCCGAGGCAUCAAAGUGGUGCCGGUCAAUCGUGUCCUGCCGCCGCACACCAUCCCAGUGGACACACACAAGCUCAGAUAUGUAGUUGAUGCCCAGGAGGAGGAGGAUGGAAACCAAGCUGAUUGGAGCAGCCCAGCAGAAAGCAUGAGAAAGACCCUCGACACGUACGCAUCGCAAUUUACACCUCUGUGGGAAGGGUUGAUCGGCGAGGAGCGCCAGCGCAGUCUUGCAGAUCUCGAGCAGCUGCUGAUGUCCUGUAGCGCUUUCAUCUACUCUGGCAUGAAGAGCUUCUUCUCCUGCUUUCCACCAGCCAAGAUGGCCACCCUCAACCUGUCCGGAUGUCAGAUGGUCUUUCUUUUUGACUGCGGUCAGACCAGAGUCAGCGUUCAGAAGAGACGGUCCAGGCAGACUUUAGACGGUCCGGUCGGGUCGGCGUAUCUGUUGACUCUCAGCGGGGUUCAUUCCGUCCUGCUCAACCAGUGGCACAGCAGCGCCGCAGCCAACGCGCAAAUCAUGCGCUCGCUCAUGGACAAUCUUCUAAAAACAGGACUGACUUCAGGACGGGCUGCUCAUGUUUUACGGACGCACAAAUCAGAAAGUGCAGAAGUCAGCGGAAAAUCGUCCAGCCUGCCAGGUGUGGAUGAGAGUUCAACUGUAAAUGCGGACGACGUUUCAUCUGAAGACGCCCCGAGAAAAACACCUCCGAGCUCUUCUGCUUUCAACUUUGUUAUUUAUGGACUUCCUAAUUUAGUGGUUACAUGAAGAGCUGGAGAUGUUUGUGAUUUAACCUCAGCAAAACACUCUGAAAUAACGCUCACUUACGUUAGGAUUUCGUCUACUUCUCUUUUGUUGUUCAAAGUAAAAAGUUUAAAGCCAGUCAGGUACAUGUUAACAUCAGACAUGUUCCCUGAUCAACUUCUGUUGAUGUUCUUGCUGUCAAACAAAUAUUGAUAAUCCCAAACCCUUCAGUAAUAAAUGAUGAAAUUCAAGUGCAAA